GCAGUUUCCUUAUUGUUCGUUGAAAUAAAUAAUUUGCAACUUUUAUUUUUAAAUGAAAAAUGGCAAUACCAAGCUGAAUUUCUAGGAAGACAACCUACAUUAGUCGGCGUAAACAAGAAACUCUUUAUUUCUAUCAGUAAGAUGGCUUCAACCAAGUUGAGGUAAAUUAAUAUUGUCACUUGCUGGAAAAGGACCUCAACUAAUUAAAAUUAGUGACAAGUCUUGCUAAAGGAGACCAGCAACAGUGUUUUGAAGGAUAAGCAUUGUGUCACGAAUUUCGCAUCAUAACUGAAGUGAGAGUCACACGUUUUCGUAAUAUGAUUGACAUACACUGUCAAAGUUAAAGUAGAAAUCUUAUAUACCUUACCUAUUUAUGAACAUGUUUCUUUACUGUAACCAGUCUUGCAUGUAUAGUAGUGCUAGCAAUUUAACGCUGCGCAGAUGAUAAUUUGUUUUCGAAUGGAAAUACUUUCUUUUUAUCCUCAGAUUCUUCAUGCAUUUGUACGUUGAAAGUGUCAACACCAUAUAAUAUUAUCUGCUAACUGGAACGUCUGUCAGUUUAUUAUUGAAUGCUCAUAUGAGUAUAUUAUUUUAAAAAUCAAAUUUUUUUUGUCUAUUUAUUUGUUUAAAUAUAGUUUAGUAAUUUUUUGGUAGGCAGCAUUUGUUGCAGAUCCGAUUCGCACUAUUCGCCCGACAUUUAGCAAACACGCCCUCUUGCUGUGCGUGAUACAUAACUUUGUUUACUUGCAAACUAUUUGUAACAAAAUUCGUUACGUAGUUGUAAAUUGUAGCAAGCUAAUCAUACUUUCAUCAAAUAAAUUUAAUUUUGUUAUUUUUAUUUUUUAUGUUGGUAAUUGAUUGUUUUGUAUUUUGUGACCCAAAUCGGUCGAUAUUGCCCUAUAUAAGAGAUAUAUAGGUUUGCACCCGCAAGUCACAAAUGAGGAUAUCUGUCUAGCAAGACAUUUUAUUACUACUUGUGAUUACUUUCGUGUGUUCAAGAUCAUGCGUGAUACAUAAUAAUGCCAACGUUCAGUUUCGGUCAAGCUAUCACUUUCGCUAUUGCAGCUAAUGAACUCGUUGCGAACAAAAUAGUGGCAUUUAAUUAUUUACUUCAAUUAGCGCAGUUGAGGAUUAUGAUACUUUUCUCGUUAUUCAGUUAACAUUUACUGGGUACAUAUUUUGAUAAUAGAAAAAAUUAAAAAUUUAGAAAAUUUAUAAACUCAUUGCAACUAACUUACAAGCAAUUACAUAAGUUUUAUUUUUUCUCUUUUGAUCUGCAGUAAGCUAACAUAAUGUCAAUCCCGCAUAAAUUUUGGACAGCCCUGUGGUACGCAUACAUUCUGUUUUUAACAAGUAUUUGCAUUCUGCCUCGCUUGUUUCUUGGAAUUUUGCGACAAACAAGCUACCAGCGCACCUGCGUCCUAGGAAGCACUUACCUUUACAUGAUGAAGUGUAAGGAAUAGCUAGUUCGUACUUAGGUAGUUUCAAUAAUGUGCAUUUUAACGAUGCUACAGUGGUCUUACACAAAUUAAAAAUUUGAUUCAUAAAGUUUUGUAAUCUAGCCUAUAUUCUGAUGAGUAAAACGUACCUAAUUGAACGACGCAAACUCAAACAAUAAAAUAGGAGAAUAUUUCAACUUUAAUUUAUAUGUCAAGUGAUGAUUUGUGUAAACACAAUAUCACUGAGAUGGUUCGACAUCGGUUAUGCGCAAUUUUUACAUGUAGGUACGCAAGGGACAGAAGUUUUUGUAGCACGUCUCCAAAAUAAUACAGGUAACCAUUGAGUGUCAUUACAAGCAUGCAAAUAAGUUUCGCUGAUAGACAUGGCUAACUUGUUCAUGAAAAGAUAAAGAUCAUAUUAUUUACAGCUUUAGUUAAACUGCAAAUCUAGGUGUUCUCACAAAACUGCGAAUUAAAGUAGUACAGUCAAGUGCCCAUACUUGGGACAUAUCCCUAAUUUGGGACAAUUUGGGAUGAUUGAUUUUUCAUAUUGGCAUACCUGAUAGCACUCUGUCAGUCUGUAACAGAAAUGUUUACUUUGUAGUGGGGAUGUGUAGCUAUCACAUGGUGUGUGUAUAUAAAGAUUUGGUACACUCUUAGAGAUUCUGUAUGGAUCACUGAGGAAAUAUGGCUACAGCUGUUAAAAAAGUUUAUCAUAAUUUUGACCAAGACACUCUUGAACGUGCUGCUAAAGCUGUUAAUGAUGGCAUGAGUUAUAGAAAAGCAGAACAAAAAUUUGGAGUCCCUAAAUCAUCCAUACAACGCAAAGUUAAAAAUGUACAGCAACAUCCAUAUGGUCGCCCUCCUGUUUUGAGUGAAACAGAAGAAAAGCAGAUCGCUGAAUACUUGGCUUUGGCAGGGGAGUGGGGAUUUCCCCUUACAGCUUUUGACAUCAGAUGUAUAAUCAAAAAAUACCUGGACAAGAAGGGCAUGGUCGAACCUCGUUUCAAAAACAAUUUGCCAGGAAAAAAGUGGAUUAAAUGUUUUCUGGCCAGGCAGUGUGUGCAAUUGAAAUAUAGAAUGUGUACUAACAUUAAAAGAUCCCGGGCGGCAGUUACUCCUGAAGCUAUACAGGCAUACUUCGAGGAAUUGUCUGUUUCACUGGCAGAUGUUCCAGCAGAAGCUAUACUGAACUACGAUGAGACGAGUAUGCAGGACAACCCUGGACAGGCUAAAGUGGUUGUAAGAAGAAAAUGUAAACAUCCAGAAAGAAUAAUUGAUUUCACUAAGUCAACUUUUUCUGUAAUGUUUUCCGGUUCAGCUAGUGGUGUGGCACUUCCACCCUAUGUGGUGUACAAGGCUGAGAACUUAUAUGACACAUGGACUGAAGGUGGACCCCCUGGCACAAGAUAUAAUAGGAGCAAAUCAGGUUGGUUCGAGGGCAAUAUAUUUCAGGAUUGGUUCCUAACAAUUGCUCUACCUUACCUCAAACGGUUAGGUGAUGGGCCAAAAGCUGUCAUAGGUGAUAAUUUGGCCAGCCAUAUUUCUGCAACAAUUCUGAAAUUAUGUGUUGACAACAACAUUCGUUUCAUUAUGCUGCCACCCAACAGCACCCACAUAUGUCAACCCUUGGAUUUGGCUUUUUUUAGCCCUCUUAAAACAGCAUGGCGGAAGCAGUUGACUGAAUGGAAGAUGAAAAACAAGGGGUCAGUAAGAAAAGAUCAGUUCCCUAGGCUUUUGAAAAAGACUUUGGAUGCCAUUGGUGAUAACAUUUCCACAAAUUUGAAAUCUGGAUUUAAGAAGAGUGGCAUUUUCCCUGUGGACAAGCAGAAGGUUCUUGAAAGCUUGCCAAGCACAUCAUCUGCAAAUGAAAGUGAUGUAGUAACUGCUACAGUAGCAUUGAAGUCUUCAUUUGAGGCAUUCUUACAACAAUCACGUGAAAAAGAAACAGGUGUAAAGCAAAGAAAGAAAAAGUUAAUCGUGAAUGCGGGGAAAAGCUUGGCUGCACAAGAUGUUCUAGAUGAAUUGCAGAAACGUUCACAGCCAAAAAGUAAACAAACCACAAAGCAGCAGAUAAACACGGGUGAGAAGGAAAAGUCCAAAGUGAAGAAAAAGAGAGGUUUGUGUCAAAAUAUUUUAAAACAAUCAGUUAAGAAAAUGAAAAUGAAGCAGAAAAGUGACACUUCUGAAGACAGUGAUUGCGAAAUUUCUCUACAUGAUAGUAACUCGUCAUUCGGUGAAGAUUUCUCGACACUGUUUGAUGAUGACAUUCAAGAAAUGCUAGAGAGGGAAACAUUAAGUGAGCAGAAAAUGGUUUAUGAAGAUGUUGAACCAAUAGAAACUGUUGAUAUUUGUGGACAACAAGCAGCGACCUCCAUGAAAGAAAAUGAUUUUGUUGUUGUUGAAGUUACUUAUGACAAAGGGAAAAAAUAUGAAUGUAAGAAAGUGUUCAUUGGCAAAAUUGUAGACAAGAAAAAUUCAAGAUACAAAGUAAGCUAUAUGAGAAACUAUUUAGGAUCAAAAGACGUGUUUGUUUUCCCAACUGUAGAGGAUAUCGAAGAUGGUGUUCCUAUUCACAGGAUUAAAAAGGUGAUCACACCCCAGAGCGAAAAUAGAGGACGAUUCAAGUUUCUUUUUUGAAAUGCAUUUUGAUGCAGAGUUCCUCCUAUCAAAAAGACUGGAAAAAAAGACUGAAAUGUUACAUAACUGUUUUGUUUAUAUGUAAGCAAAGCUAUUGAAAUAUUAAUACUAGGCUAUAUUUAUUAUCAAAUAAUUGUUGUUUAGUGAAUAGUCAUGUUGGGUGUCUAGAUGUAUCUCCAACCAUUACUUUAUAGCCUACUUUGUAAGCCAUUCUUUUUUAAACAAAAUUAUGUUGUCCUAUGUUAAAUUACAGGCUUCUUAGCAUGGUACACUGUGUGAAACACAUGAUGUCCCAAGUUAGGGGUAGUGGUUCCUUACUUGGGACAACACUGUUUUUCACUGGUGGGGAGGAGAGGGAAAGCUUUUUCGAAAAAACAUUUAAUUAUUCAAAAAGUACUAAAGUCCUUCAGAAACAAGUCAUGCACUAUUUGUGCUUUAAAGCUUAAUUUAUUAUGUUUAUUUGAGUUCAAAGUUCAAAACUGUCCCAAGUAUGGGGACUUGACUGUAUAUAGUGAAUUAGCUAUUUUCAGCCCCAGUUUGGUGUUUGUUGUACGAUUAUUCAUAUAACGUUAUAUGCCAAUGAUAUUUACCUAUAUGUUUCAUAAUUAAAUUACUUAUUUUAAUCGAAGCUUGUAGCUUCUCUUAUCAUACCGCCAAUAAUUUAACUCAGACCUACAUAAUAUUAAUUAUCAGCUAUAUCUUAGCUAGCUCUUUGAUAGUUCAUUUGGAAUACUGCAGUUAGGGUGCACACUUUACUGUUCAGCCGCAUGACUAUACCUGUGGUCUCGAAGCCGUAACAAUUUGUUACCACUUCACUGUAUAGACAAUUGAUGUUAAGACGAGAUGUUUGGUAUCACAACCGCGAUCCUCGUUACAUGAUCUUGGACGCAUUUGCGAUCACUGACUUCGAAAAUGUAAACAUUAUAUUACAUUCUCGAAAAAAAAGUCAUAAUUCGUACAUCCGAUGAGAUACCGUAUUGAAUAGAGACCCUAAUGUAAGCACUAGGCACCUAUGUAUUAACAGCUAAUUCUUAAAAAAAACUAUACCUUUCUAUGUUUUGUUUGAUUAAGCCAUCGUUAAUGUGAUGGCUGUUUGGCAUAACUAGAAACAAUUAAAUAAUUACACCAUCGGGUGAGCGAAGUACAUUAUACGGGGGCCGUUUGAAGAGGGGAAGGGGGGAAAUUGUCCCCCUCCCCCCGCCCCAAUAGCGGAACCUUGCGGAAACAAUAUUAUCCAUAUCACAACAAAAACAAUUAAAAGGAUAUACUGGAAAGAUAUUUUGUGUCAUGACUCUUAGAAUACCUUACUGUAGUUAAAAAAAAGCCUUGCACUGAAAUCAGCUUAAGGACACAACCCCCCACCCCCCCAAGACUCAAGACCGGUUCCUUCCCCUCCGGUUUCAUCCCUGGGUCCGCCCCUGCGAUUGUAAUACAAUCAACAUGUAAACGUUUAGCAUUACUGAAGUAAAACAGGACUGCGGAGUCUAACCUAUCGGGUAAAUACGUUAUCACUAAAGAUUAUGAAAAUAAAAAAAUUGGUUUUGCAACAUGAAUAUUCACAUAGCAUCAACUAAAUCGAAUGUAAACAUUCGGGCCAGUGUAAGCGAUUCUAUUCAAUGUGUUUGCUAGACAUUCAUGCGGGAAUUCAUUCGUCUCGAUUUAACUAGCUCAAUGUAAUCAUGCUGUCUAGUUAACAUGUUGCUAGCCUUAUUGCAAUGAGUCUAGCUGAAAACAUGACAAAUUUUUAAAAAUACGUGCUAGAUAUUGUGCUUUUUGUUAGGGGUUGAAUUAUUGACAACAAUUCUUACUAAAAAUUGAUCAAUAAUACUAAUUUUUCAUAAUUGCAAAAAAAUUCUGAAUUUUUUUUUGUUACAUUUCUGAAAACAACAAAAUUUAGAAAUCAAAAUUUAUUACUUAUUAGCAGCAGGUUUCAAUAACAGAUGUAAGUAAGCCUAUAUAUUGCUACGAUCGCGAUGGGCUGCUGUUAUGGGCGUUCCUGCGUCAUUUCGGCCCGUCUGUUCCUUCCCCUCUUCCCUGUCAUCCUCUCCUGCGACAUCCUACCCUUUGGCAAUGCACACAAUCUCAUGUCUGCCUCGCGCGAUAUAUUACUCUUUGGCGGCGCAACAACCUGCCGCGAAUUGUGUUACCACAAGCCGCUGUAAUGCAGCUUAAAAGCAUUCUGGCAUACUUAUCGGAGCGUUUUGGGAAAAAAAAUACUGGUGUGUUUAUCGAAGUUCUUUGAGCAACCACUGCAUCCCUCGACAGGACUCACGAUGCGUUUCUCGGCACUUCGACAGCAAAGGUCGCGCGAUAUCUCAGAGACUUGCCCGAUUGUUCUGGACGGGAAGCCGAGGGCUUUAUAAGGAGGUGAGGCCGACGUCAGAAUGAGUCAGAGUGAGUCUGAGUGUGGGUCGAGGAGUGGAACCCAGAGCAAGGUGAGUAACUCCCAUUGUGGGCUGGGAGUGGUGAGUGAGUCUGAGUGGGAGCGAAGACCCGAUUGACGAGUGUGACAGUCUACUUGUGAGCGGGUGGCGAUUUCCGAGCAAAGAAAGUGACGGGACCAUAGUGUGCGACUGAGUGGCGUGUGAGUCUGUGCGAGUGGUCAGGUGCGAGGUAAGAGGUGAACCACUGUUGAGCCUUGCUCCAGUGAAGAGUGUGAGCUGUGAACUUGAGGAACAAUUAGUGACUUGUGGACAGAUAUCAUGAGUGUACAUUUUGUUAGUUUGUAAAUAGCAGUGAAUAAAGAAAACCAUAAUUGACCUAAUUGAGCUAUCCUUAACGAACCCUGUUUCUGCUCACGAACUCGUAACAAUAUGCUUCUUUUAAUAUCUCCCAACCUGAAUACCACUAACACUCAAUGUAAUCGAUCUGCUUACUGAACUAUUUAUAGAUUUAUACAUGUAUUUAUACUACUUAUGCACACUUUCAUUUCAGCAUUGAUUUGGGUUGAUAUCGGAAUACUAUGAAACAAGUCAUUUACAAUGUAUACUUAACAGAUUCAAAAAAUUGAUAGUCUAAAGAAAUACAUAGACAAAAGGAUUUAUAAAUUUUCAAGAAAAGUAUCAGUUCGUAACUUAGAAACAUAUGUAACAAUUUUCAUAGAUUAGUACAUUUAUUUAUUGUUGUAUUAAAAUAUAUAUAAUAUUAUUCGCACACUUAUAUAUGUAAUAACUUGUAGCAUGUUUUUCAUUUAAAAAAAGAUGCAUCAGUAUGACAUGAAACAAUCUUUAUAUAGGCUACCUAGCGUGUCCUUAAAUACUUAUAUACUUUUCAAAACUGAGCAGGACUUAAAAUAUUGCUAUUGUCUCCGUACGCAGGUUAACUAUACACAUGCAAAGGAGGAGAGGGGUGUUUAUUAAUACUAUAUACAUGCAGGAAGAAUUCUAUAUACCAGCUAUAUUGGUAUGAAUGGCCAAAGAGGGUAAAAUAAAUUAAUGUUUGUGAAAGAUACCCUUAUAAACCACACUUUGGAGGCCCUCAGAGGCCUUGGUGCAACCGCUACGAUGGUUUGCUCACAUGUAAUAAUUUUUAUUUAUUCUAUAUACUUGUAGGAAGGUCCCUAUAUGUCAGCUCUAUCGGUAUGGAUGGCCAAAAGUGGUGAAAAAAAAUAAUGUUUAUAGCAAAAGCCUUAAAAACCACACUUUGGAGGCCC